AUGAGAAUAGUAUUACAAAAAGUUAGUCAAGCAUCAGUUACAGUCGAUUCUCAAAUUAUUUCCAAUAUAAAACAUGGCUAUAUGUUACUUGUUGGUAUUUCAAUUGACGAUACGAUUGAAGAUAUUAAAAAAUUAAGUAAUAAAGUGCUUACAUUACGUCUUUACGAUAAAGAUGACACGAUGUGGCGCCAAAAUAUUCAGGAGGCCAAAGGUGAAAUUUUAAGUGUAUCGCAAUUUACGUUGUAUGCACGUACUAAAAAGGGAACAAAACCUGAUUUUCACUUAGCACAAAAGGGACACAUCGCUAAUGAAUUGUAUAAAGAAUUUUUAAUUCAGUUACGUGCAAAAUUAGGCGAUACCAACGUUCAAGAUGGUGAAUUUGGUGCCAUGAUGAGCUGCAAUUUAACCAAUGAGGGUCCCGUAACAAUCAUACUAGAUAGUAACAGUUCAUAA